GGCAAUGAUCCAGCGAUUCUAGUUUAUAGUCAGUCUUGCCUCCCUCUCGUUUACAUUACAUGCGCCUUCUGUUACUAUUGCUCCGACUCGAACUUCCAAAAGCUUGAGGUACUCAAGAAUGUCCAACUUUUCCCAUCAGAUCAGAGCGGCCUCCGCCCUGAUCAACCGUCUAAAACAUCCAAGAGAAUUUAGUCGUAUUCCGAUGCUGAUGCGUUCCAGAUCCUUCACUACGAUCGAGGGCGAUCGUCCAACCAUUGUGCACAAGCGCAGCCUCGACAUUCUCCACGAUCCUUGGUUCAACAAAGGAACAUCAUUUUCCAUGACGGAACGGGAUCGUCUAGAUCUUCGGGGACUUCUACCUCCAAGUGUCAUGUCGUCUGAGCAGCAAAUAGAACGCUUCAUGGUUGACCUGAAGAGGCUUGAAGUGCAUGCAAGAGAUGGACCAUCUGAUCCAAAUGCUCUGGCAAAAUGGCGGAUACUUAACCGCUUGCAUGAUAGAAAUGAGACUAUGUACUACAAGGUUUUGAUCGCCAAUAUUGAGGAAUAUGCACCUAUAGUGUAUACCCCAACUGUAGGUCUGGUUUGCCAGAAUUACAGUGGUUUGUUUCGAAGGCCAAGGGGAAUGUAUUUCAGUGCAGAGGAUCGUGGAGAAAUGAUGUCUAUGGUUUAUAAUUGGCCAGCUGAUCAGGUUGAUAUGAUUGUUGUCACAGAUGGAAGCAGAAUACUGGGUCUAGGAGACCUUGGAGUUCAGGGAAUUGGAAUUGCGAUUGGGAAGCUGGAUCUCUAUGUUGCUGCAGCAGGGAUAAACCCUCAAAGGGUACUUCCUGUCAUGAUUGAUGUUGGAACUAACAAUGAGAAGCUGCUCAAAGACCCGUUGUAUUUGGGUUUGCAAGAGCAUCGUCUUGAUGGUGAUGAGUAUGUGGCUGUCAUCGAUGAAUUCAUGAAUGCAGUGUUUACUCGUUGGCCAAAUGUGAUUGUACAGUUUGAAGAUUUUCAAAGCAAGUGGGCCUUUAAGUUGUUGCAGCGUUAUAGAAGUACUUACAGAAUGUUUAAUGACGAUGUCCAGGGAACAGCAGGAGUUGCAAUUGCUGGACUGUUAGGAGCUGUUAGAGGACAAGGAAAGCCAAUGAUAGACUUUCCAAAACAAAAGAUUGUUGUUGCUGGUGCUGGAAGUGCAGGAAUAGGGGUCCUUAAUUCUGCAAGGAAAACUAUGGCACGGAUGUUAGGAAAUAAUGAAUCAGCUUUUGAGAGUGCUCGGAGUCAAUUCUGGGUAGUUGAUGCCAAGGGCCUGAUCACAGAAGAACGGGAAAAUAUUGAUCCAGAUGCACUUCCAUUUGCAAGGAAGGUCAAAGAAAUUCAACGUCAGGGCUUAAGAGAAGGCGCAAGUCUUGUGGAAGUGGUGCGGGAAGUGAAGCCCGAUGUCCUCCUUGGAUUGUCUGCAGUUGGGGGCUUGUUCUCAAAAGAGGUAUUAGAGGCCCUUAAAGGUUCAACAUCAACAAGGCCAGCCAUUUUUGCAAUGUCAAACCCUACCAAAAAUGCUGAAUGCACUGCUGAAGAAGCAUUUUCAAUUGUGGGUGACAAUAUUAUAUUUGCAAGUGGAAGCCCAUUCAAUGACGUGGAUCUUGGGAAUGGUCAUAUUGGCCACUGCAACCAGGGAAACAACAUGUACCUCUUUCCAGGCAUUGGACUUGGUGCUCUUCUAUCUGGCUCCAGGAUCAUUUCUGAUGGCAUGUUACAGGCUGCAGCAGAGUGCCUAGCAGCAUAUAUGACUGAAGAGCAGGUUCUCGACGGGGUUAUUUACCCUUCAACAUCUAGAAUACGGGAUAUAACAAAGGAGGUAGCUGCAGCUGUGGUAAAGGAGGCUAUUGAAGAGGAUCUAGCAGAAGGAUACCGUGAAAUGGAUGCCCGAGAACUACAAAAACUCAGUCAAGAAGAGAUUGUAAAUUUUGUGAAGCACAACAUGUGGAGUCCAGAGUACCCGACAUUGGUUUACAAGGACAAUUAACCAGCUACCCAACCGUCGAUAACAUGCAGAAGGCAAAAUAACAGCAUAUUCAUAUGUACUAUGUAUUAUAUUUAUAUGUGAGUUUAGCCUGUAUGUAAAUAAAAUAGCAGCAGUAUGCUCUUUGACCUUGUGGGUUGUGCGCGUGCACGCAGGGUUUUCAAUCGUGUUGUUAAAGCAAACAAGCCAGAUCUUCUCAUUGAAUACUUACCAAAGAUCUCCCCAACAAGAUAAUAUCAAAGCUUCAUUUCCGAACACAAACUGUUUGCCUCAGUGUUCGACUUGGAGUUUUUGGCACUCGAAUACUAUAAUUAGUAUAGAGUAAUCAAUUAUAUUACUUUUUUUUUUA